CACAAUGGCUGAAAUAUGUGUGGGUUUGACAUGGAGAUACCUUUCUUCUAAUGGCUUUGUAUCCAAGCGAAGCAAUCUUCUGCGUACAGAAACGACGCCGUUCUGAGAAUCGCGCACUUCCUCUUUUUCUCUGAAAUCUCUUUUCGUUUUGGCCAUUGUUCUGGAGGCUCAAAGAUGGCUUGCUUACACGAUCACAGCUGCGAAGAUCACGAUUGUUCGUCUGAUUGGUCUCUUUACAAGAACAUAGACCUCCCCAGAGUUUCUGCUUUGAAUGAGGCAACACCAGGCAGUGUGAAGUCUGUAUUUAAAGCUUGGGAGCAUCGGUUAAAUUCAUCUGGGGAUCAUUUGGAAAGCAACGAUGGUGAUCCCGAACUGCUAGUUUUUAUCCCAUUUACAUCAGAUGUUAAGAUUAAAAGCAUAUCUAUCAUUGGCGGUCCAGAUGGUACUAGUCCUUCAAAGAUGCGGGCGUUUAUCAACCGAGAAGGUAUUGACUUCUCUGAUGCUCAAAGUAUGCAAGCUGUUCAGGAGUGGGAUUUGGCUGAGAAUUUGCAAGGAGUACUAGAGUACCAGACAAGAUAUUCCAAAUUUCAAGGUGUGGCAAAUAUCACCUUGCAUUUUCCUGACAAUUAUGGUGGUGACUCGACUCAGAUACACUACAUUGGGUUGAAAGGUGAAGCCACGCAGCUAAAGAGAGAUGUUGUAGCAACAAUUGUCUAUGAAAUCACGCCAAAUCCUUCUGACCACAAGACUCGAGCCGAAGGUGGUGCUGGAUUUUCACAUGUCGAAUGAAGAAAUAUUUGGUAUCCACCUUUCUGAAAUAUCCCAUCUGUAUAAUCUCCACUAGAUUCUGACUCUUAACUAUUUUGAGUUGCAUUUACAUGCAUUUCCUUCCUGCCCUUCUUUUUGUCUAGUAAGUGGAGAAUCUCGUCAGUUUCUUGGAAAGAAAGGGACUUUGAUGUUGAUUAGAAAUUUGGAGCUUGACCAAGUAGUGUUUGAACUGUUGAGACAAGUUUCACAUCUGCUUAAUGUUCAAACCAUUUCUAGUUUACAAGUA